CUUCUUUGUGUAAAACUUUACUCUUAUGCUUAAUAACUUGAAUGGUAUUAAGCAGACAAGCAUUGUCUUGGUUUUUCUCUUUUGGGUCCAGACAUGUCUUGCCAUGACAGAGAAGAGACGUCUUGAACUCAAAGAUUUGACCAAAGAAAUGUUCGACCACGGAUGGAACAAUUACUAUGAACAUGCGUUUCCAGAAGAUGAGCUCAACCCUUUUGAAUGCAGCGGCAGAGGUAGCGAUCAAGUCAACCCAUCCAAUAUCAACGUCAAUGACGUUUUGGGAGACUAUUCGCUAACAUUGGUGGAUACACUUGAUACUCUUGCCAUCUUGGGUACACAAGCACAAUUCGAAGAAGCCGUACAACGGGUGAUUGACACCGUUUCUUUCCACAACGAUAAUAAGGUUCAGGUCUUUGAAUUGAAUAUCCGUGCUCUAGGUGGUUUGCUUUCAGCUCAUAUGUUUGCCACUGAGCCCGCAUUCAAUCAUACCAUAAAAGGCUACAAUGGCCAAUUAUUACACAUGGCCCAAAAUCUGGCGGACCGUCUUAUGCCCGCCUUCAAAUCCACAAAGACCGGCAUUCCCUUUCCCAGAGUGAAUUUACGUAGAGGCGUGCCACCUACAGAAACCACAGAGACUUGUACAGCAGGUGCUGGUAGCCUGAUCCUGGAGUUUGGUGUCCUGAGUCGAUUAACGGGUAACCCCGCUUACGAAAACGCUGCCAAAAAAGCGCUUAAAGCCGUCUGGGCACGACGAUCCAAUAUUCACUUAUUAGGUAACGUCAUUGAUAUUCAAACAGGUAAUUGGAUCCAUACAGCCUCUUCCACAGGAGCUGGUAUCGAUUCUGUUUUUGAAUACAUGUUGAAGGCCUAUGUUUUGUUUGGCGAACAAGAGUAUAAAGACAUGUUUGAUCAAGCCUACAAGGCUUUAUUACUCUAUGUGCGUGAUACAUCAGGCUAUCUCUAUCGCAACGUCCACAUGAGUACAGGUUCUCUCAUGUCUUAUUGGGUUGAUAGUCUUAGUGCGUUCUUUCCAGGACUCCAAGUCUUGCAUGGCGAUAUUGAUGCUGCCAUCAAGGGACAUCUUGUUUAUUAUAAUAUCUGGAAACGCUAUCAUGCUCUUCCCGAACGAUUUGAUUUUUACCACAAGGCAAUUGAUUUACCUUAUUAUCCCUUGCGCCCCGAAUUUAUUGAAUCCACCUACCACCUUUAUCUUGCCACCAAGGAUCCCUUCUACCUGCAGGUAGGUGAAAUGGUGGUAGAAGAUUUGAACAAUCGAACGCGUGUUCCUUGUGGGUUUGCAUCCAUCGGCGAUGUUCAAACAGGUCGAUUGGAAGAUCGCAUGGAGAGUUUCAUGUUGAGCGAAACAUUAAAAUACCUUUACUUGUUAUUUGAUGCAGAUCAUGCGAUCAACAAGAUGGAUUCGAAUUUUGUAUUUACCACAGAGGGACAUAUUUUGCCUUUACCAGGCAAAUACCUCAAGAAAUCAGAAGAGAAACCCAAAUCAAUUGUCUCAAUCCAGACCACACCUUCUGGUACAUGUCAACGUUAUAACCCGAGCCAUUGGCACCCGAUUUCUGUGCCUGGAGAUUUAGACAUGACAUCCAUCCCUUAUCAACCACAAACAGAUUAUGCGUCCGAUAUUGUUGGAUAUACAGUAUCCGAACCUUUACCCCUGUCCUCACAUGGUUAUUGUGAGUCCCCUAUCACUGCUUCGAAAUCUUUUAGCUUAUCUUUUGGUUACAACGAUUAUGAUGCUACACGCACCAAGUCAAACACAUUUAUGGAUUUGUUGGGUGGAUACCUUGUGAAAUCACUUUCUGGAUUACGUGUGGAUUUUGCAGUGGGGUCUAAAAAUGAUGGUUUGUUCGUCAAAGGAGGUUAGUUUUUCUUUAAAUUUUUAUAUACCACGCACACCAUAUUUCCCAUUUCUUUUUUUCUUUUCUACCUCUCUUACACAACACUUACCUUUUCAUCCCAUCUUUUUGUACAUAAGACUUUUGACAUUUUUUUUUCUUUCUUUUAUUCCCCUCCACCACCCAGUUCAUCCAAAUAUUAGGUAAAAAAAAAAAAAAAGACUACAUGAAAAUAAAAAGAAAUAUGUUAUUAAAUGAAAAUAAAAAGUUUAA